AUGUUGACUCUGCGAUUCAUCGUCGCCGUUGGAGCAUCGUGCCUCUUGAGGCUCGCUGGCGCGCAGUCGUUGGCUGAUGCUCCACAGUGUUCUACGAAGUGUCUUUUUCAGGCAAUGAGCCAGCCUGCAUUUGCGAACCAGUCGCAGGCGGAAUUAUGUGUCGACGAAGGCUUCAACAACUUUGUCGGGAGUUGCGUGCAACAAGGAUGUAGCGUGGUCGAGUCCCUGAUUGCAUUUGCCGCCUUGAUCCCGUUCAUAGUUUUGAUUCAGUACAUGAUACCGCAAGGUCUAGGGCUUGAUAUCUGGGUUCUCCACGACUAUCAGAUUACUACCUUUCUCAGGUACCUCUUAAUGGUCCAAACACUCUACGUCUUCAUCCUCUCCAUCGUAAAGGCAUCUAUUCUCCUGUUCUUCCUCCGCAUCUUUCCGGACAAGAAAUUCAGGAUCGCAGUCUGGUGGACGCUAGCCUACGACCUCUUCGUCGGAUUCAUAUUCAUCGUAUUCAGCUUCGUCCAGAGACAGCCUACAUGGCUCAUCUGGGAGGGCUGGCGUGACAAGGAACCCCGUGGAGUCAUCCUCGACCUCAACAAAAUGGGCUUGUCACAUGGCGGCAUGAACAUCGCGCUCGAUGUCUGGAUGCUCAUUCUGCCGUUGACACAGCUCUAUAAGUUGAACCUCAAGAUGAAGAAGAAGCUCGGAAUCAUUGCCAUGUUCAGUGUUGGUAUCUUCCUCACGGUAGUUAGUGUUGUCCGCCUUCGCAGCCUGAUUUCAUUCGCGACAUCCGCAAAUGCGACAGCUGAUGCGCGUGGGACCACGAUCUGGUCUGCCAUUGAGAUCUGCACUGGCGUAGUGGUUGCCUGCAUGCCCAAUGCAAGACAGAUUGUGCGUGAGACUGGCCGGCAAAUCAAGGAUGCAUCGGCAAACCUCACGAACAGGACGCAUGGAACGAAUUCGGGGUCGCAGCGAGUCUUCCAAGACCAUUCGCUCGAGAUGCGGGUGGCAGUGAACUCUUCGGGCGCCAAAUCAGCGCCAACAGAUAAGUGCAGUUACAGUUCUACCACUGCCAUCAAUUCCGGGAGGAGGAAUUCGAGCUUUACAAGCGAUGCGGAGACAGCAAGAAAAGACUUGAUGUAA